UUUUUUCUCAUCUGGGCCCAGAAAUUCGUGGGCCACAGGGCAGGCUCCGGAGAUGGUGGAAGGACCAGGUUGUACUCUGAAUGGAGAGAAAAUUCGAGCGCGUGUUCUCCCGGGCCAGGUGGUGACGGACCUGCGGGGAAGCGCUCUGCAGGACUCGGGGAGCCCGGGGUUGCCACACGCAGCCUCCGUGGUCUCUUGCCAGACUGCUGCACUGAAUAAUAAUGAAGAUUCCAGCCUGAAUUUCUUGAGACUGCUUAAUGGAUAUGUUUACAGUGGUGUGGAAACUUUGGGAAAGGAGCUCUUUAUGUACUUUGGGCCAAAAGCUUUACGGAUUCAUUUUGGAAUGAAAGGCUCUGUCAGGAUUAAUCCACUUGGGUAUGAAAAUAGAAGUGGAGUCUCUCCUGUUUUUGAAGUACAGCUCACCAAAGAUUUGAUUUGUUUCUUUGACUCAUCAGUAGAACUCAGAAACUCAAUGGAAAGCCAACAGAGAAUAAGAAUGAUGGAAGAAUUAGAUGUAUGUUCACCUAAAUUUAGUUUUUCAAGAGCAGAAAGUGAAAUUAAAAAGCAGAAAGGUCAGAUGCUAUGUGAUGUGUUAAUGGAUCAGAAAGUGUUGCCUGGGGUAGGAAACAUCAUCAAAAAUGAAGCUCUCUUUGACAGUGGUCUCCACCCAGGUGUCAAUGUUUGUCAGUUAACAGAUGAACAGACCCAUCACCUUGUGAAAAUGAUUCGUAAUUUCAGCAUUCUCUUUUAUAGGUGCCAUAAAGCAGGAUCUGCUAUUUCUAAACACUAUAAGGUCUAUAAACGUCCUACUUGUUGUCAGUGCCACUGCAAAAUAACUGUGUGUCGCUUAGGGAAGAAUAACAGAAUGACGUAUUUCUGUCCUCACUGUCAAAAAGAAAAUCCUCAACAUGUCGAUAUAAGCAAACUGCCAAUCAGAAAUACCAUAAUCAGCUGGACACCUAGCAGGGGACAUCAUGUUAUGGCAUCUGUGGCUCGGAAAUCUGAAGAGCAAUGGACAUGUGUGUUCUGCACACUGAUAAAUAGGCCUUCUUCUAAGGCAUGUGAUGCUUGCUUGACUUCAAGGCCUGAGGAUUCAGUACCCAAAAAUGAAGAAAAUCCUAUUGUCUUUAACAACUUAGUGAAGUAUCCUUGUAAUAGCUUUGGAAAACCAAACACAGAAGUGAGGAUCAACAGGACAACUGCAUUUGGAACUACAACCCUUGUGUUGACUGAUUUUAGCAAUAAAUCUCGUACUUUGGAAAGAAAAAAGAGUGAAAAUCAGACACUAGAUGGGGAAUAUCAGAAUUCUUCUAAAGUUUGUUUUAGUGAUAUACAGCACCCCUCCAAUGAGAGAAGAAACUAUAUAACUCAACUAUCGAACAAAGUAAACAUAUCACCUAUGAUCUGCUCUCAGUCUAAAUUAUUUAGCCCUGCACAUAAAAAAUUGAGAACAAUCCAGUCAUCACCAGAUCUCAAAAGUUGUAACCCUGGAUCUUCUAAUAGUGAACUUCAAAUUAAUAUGACAGAUGGCACUUGUACAUUAAAUGCUGGUAGUCCUCGCUGCAGUAAACAUAACCGCCUCUGCGUUCUUCGAGUUGUGAGGAAGGAUGGCGAAAACAAGGGCAGGCAGUUUUAUGCUUGUCCGCUACCUAGGGAAGCACAAUGUGGAUUUUUUAAAUGGGCAGAUUUGUCCUUUCCAUUCUGCAACCACGGCAAACGCUCCAUCAUGAGAACAGUGCUGAAGAUUGGACCAAAUAAUGGAAGGAAUUUUUUUGUGUGUCCUCUUGGGAAGGAAAAACAAUGCAAUUUUUUUCAAUGGGCAGAAAAUGGGCCAGGAGUAAAAAGUAUUCCAGGAUGCUAAAUUUUCUUCUAUAGAAUAUUUGGCAUUUAAUCUCUUCAACCUGCACAUGAUGUUUUAUGUUCUUUUGUUUAAUAAGACUUUAGGAUAUCUGUGUUAGACUGUAAAGUUACUGCAAUAUUUGAGAAAUGCUCAUUUUUCAAUGGCUGUCAUCUUUCCAUCCUAUGGCUGCAUUUUUUUACCUUGAUUUAUGCUAUGUGCAUUUCAUUAGGUGUACAGCAUAUUCCAUUUAGAAUGUUUAUUUAAUGCAUUUAGUAAUGAUAAAAUAUUUUUAGUAUGCUCUUUCUUGGUUUCUUGUAAUUUCUUUGAGUAAGCAGUGAUUUUUCUGUUGUUUUUUAA